AUGCCUACAUCUCCACCAGGCUCUGCUGGCGGAUCUCCCCGAGGCCAUAUACCACCACCAAAUCCAUUCGCACUUGUCGCACCUGCUGCUCGACCACACAGUCUCACCGCUCCUCAAUUAUCUCAAGCGGGAUCUCGCUCUCCUGGCCCAUACAAUUCCGCAACUUUCAGCCACUCCACCUCUCCGAGCACAGCGUCCGGGGGCGUACCCGAACUACAGGCAAACGACCACACGGGCGUGGGGAUUUCGCCUACACACAUAUCAUCAGCAAACCUGAAUGCUCAGAAGCGCGCGUACCGGCAGCGCAGGAAGGACCCAUCUUGCGAUGCCUGCAGGGAAAGAAAAGUUAAGUGCGAUGCAACGGAGACGACCGCGUGUUCAGAAUGUUCCAGCAGGAACCACAAGUGCCAGUUCACGAAGGAGACGAACAGGCGGAUGUCAUCAAUCAAGCAAGUCCAAGAUCUUCAGGCUCAAAUCGCCGAACUGACGCAACUAAAUGCCCAAUACCGGUCAAAACUUGCUGAACGGGAUAGCAUGGAAGUCGAUCGGGCACCUGUUGCGAAUCACGCUCCAGAGAGCCAAGGAUUGCAUCAGAGCACUCCAAAGAGAGUCCCUGCUCCUGUCAUGCGGGAUUUUGAUCAAGUGCGCAGGAACAUUCGAAUACAGUCCCGGGGUAUAUUUGACUCUCCGAGUCCUCCAGGCAGUGGCUCGCUGGCAGACACUGCCUCAAGCUUCCCUGACAUCCCACUGCGAGCCGACUUUGCCCACAUCUCCCGGUCAUACCUAGACUCCAUUCACGAAGCUUACCCCAUACUACAUUGGCCGACGUUUCAGCAAGAGGUGGACUUGGUAUACACCACGAGAAGCUUCGAAGGCAAAGCACGUGAGUGGAUUGGCUUGUUCUUCGCGGUGCUAGCUUGCGGAAGUCUUCACCCUCCAACUUCCCCGCUCGGGUCUCCCAAGGGCACAAGCGACGGUGCAAGGUUCUUCGACAUUGCGUGCCAUGCCAUGGCUCCCUGGCCCCACAGCUUCACCAGCACACAUGCCACUCUUGCGUUGCUCCUGAGCAUAUUCGCCAGUGAGAGUAAUAUAAAAUCAGCUGGCUCGAUAUGGUUAGCUUGUGGUGUCCGAAUCGCCCAGGGCUUAGGACUGAACGUGGAGAGUGAUGCACUACCCGUGUUAGAAGCUGAGAUGCGACGAAGGCUUUGGUGGGCCAUGUACACGCGGGAUAGGUUAACAUCGCUCGAGACCAACUGCCCAAUGCUAAUCAACGAAGAGGACUGCGAUAUUUCACACCCAUCCUCAGUUGAAGAUCGCUAUAUUGAAGCUCAAGGAUUCUUCCGCGCCCGCCAGACCCAAGCGUACUUGUCGGGAUUUGUCGCCGUCGUUCAAGUUGCGCGUUCGUUCUCGGGGCUAUAUCAGUCGUUGAAAUCAAGCACGAUCACGGCGCAGGAUAUUCAGAGCUAUGAGCAAGAGUUCCAGUCGAGUUUGUCAUCGCUUCCAGAGUCGUACCAGGUAGCCUUCGAAGCGCAACUUCAACCAACGGCAUUACUUCCGAUCCUGACUCUCCAGUUCGCCCGCUUUCAUCUCUACAGACGAAAUAUUUCUCCGGUAUGUCGACCACCGGAACGGGCCGAAGCGAUCGCCCGAUGCACCGCAGUAGCCCAGGAUACUGCUAGAUACAUCUCGCGGACACUGCAAACGCCUGCAGGUAAAUCUGAAUGGGAAAAGAGCUGGCAGACGAGAGUGGCGCUGCUGGCAAGCAAUAUGAUCUGCAUACACGUCUGGCGAUGCUUAUUAAUGCUGUGCUUUCGCGGCGAUUACGAGGCGGCGCUCGCAUGCCUCCACCUACCGGUAGCAAUAGGAGAUUUACGGAAGGUCAACACUGCCUGCGGCAGGAACCUUGCCUUCUUCCUCGAUCGGCUAACGGAGCGGGUCCGAAGUGGGCACGGCAGUCUGCAUCGCCUCGAGCACGACGAAGAAAUGCUCGCCUACGCAAGCGGCGACCUGCAAAGCAGGCUAGAGCACUCCUGGGCGUGGACACGGGCGGAUUAUGCGUCGGCACCGAAAUCCCCACAAAGCGCUACGCAUGUCGGCAUCCAUUCUCAUGCUCGGGACGAACCGAUGCACGACACGCUGCCGCUGCGACCGAACCCGGGAUCCCCAGAGAGCGGGACACGAGAAUGGGGUGGCUGGGGACGAGUGGAGCAUAUGAUUCGCCAAUUGAUGGAAGAGCAGAGACCGAGGUUGGCGCAACACGCUGGGCCGUCGUAUUACCCUCCUCCACACAAUCCUGAUAAGAGGGUGCAGCUGGCCCCCGAUGCGCCGCCUGUAUCGCCGCCAAAACCGAGUACCACGCCGUCCAGUGCGAGUCGCAUCAGCAUUGCGAACAUCAUAUGA